CGGAUCCGCGCUCUCCCAGCAUCCUUUGCCUUCCGGUAUGUGGCCCCGUCGGGCUAGUCCCGCCUAGCGCGCCCAUUUCGAGCCCGUUUCCAGCUCGGGUUUCCGGGCUCAGAAUUUUCCAGGAGUGGGUUCUUGGGCAGUGGCUGUGGGAGCAGGAAUGGCGCAGCUAGAGGGUUACUAUUUCUCGGCCGCCUUGAGCUGUACCUUUUUAGUAUCCUGCCUCCUCUUCUCCGCCUUCAGCCGGGCGCUGCGAGAGCCCUACAUGGACGAGAUCUUCCACCUGCCCCAGGCGCAGCGCUACUGUGAGGGCCAUUUCUCCCUUUCCCAGUGGGAUCCCAUGAUUACUACAUUACCUGGCUUGUACCUGGUGUCAGUUGGAGUGGUCAAACCUGCCAUUUGGAUCUUUGGAUGGUCUGAACAUGUUGUCUGCUCCAUUGGGGUGCUCAGAUUUGUUAAUCUUCUCUUCAGUGUUGGCAACUUCUAUUUACUAUAUUUGCUUUUCCGCAAGGUACAACCCAGAAACAAGGCAGUUCAAAGAUGGCCAUUUGCUGGUGAAUUUUCCAAAACAGAAUUGAGACAGGGUGUCAGUAUGUUGCGUGGGCUGGUCUCAAACACCUGCCGCAAGUGAUCCUCCUACCUUGGCCUACCAAAGUGCUGGGAUUUACCAUGAACCACUGUGCCAGCUUCCAACAAGAAAAAUAUUAAAUGUAUUGGUUUUUCACAGUGAAACUUAAAUUCAGUUUAGUUGAACCAUAUGUGUUUGUGUAUGGCAUAUACAAGAUGAAAAAGAAAGGGAGGAAAAAUAAUGAUGGUUGCCAUCAUUCAUUGAACACCUGUAAUGUUUUAGGCAUUAUACUAGGUGAUUUACAAAUAUUGUCUCAUUUGAUGCUACAUUUAUAUUUCUGUGAGGUAGAUGUUGAUUUCUAUUUGACUGCUGAAGAAACUGAAGGUCAGGCAGGUCAGGUGAUCUGCCCGAAGUCCACACUGUCACUAAAUGAACAUAGAUUGGUAUGACUCCCAAGCCUGUGAGUUUUUGACCAUCAUAUUCUGCCUCACUAUGAAAAGUGUUUUUUAAAUUAAUUAAUUUUUUUAAUGAAAAGAAGUAGUAUAUGGAGAGAGAGGUGAAAAUCCAUGUUUGCUCUCUGCAGUUUCCAGGCCAUUCAUGGCAUGUUAUUUUUGUACUGGAUAUAGUCAUUUUUUAAAAUGCUACAAACUGUUCAAAAGAGCAUGAACAACAUGAUAACUCCUUAUAAUUUUGUUGUAAGAUAAAUGGCUAAAAGUAUGUGGGAUGUUUAAUUUGGAUAAGUGGAAAUUCUAUCACUUGAUAAGCUCUCUUGAAGAAUAAUUAUUUGAAAGAUUGGACUUAAUUCUGUAUUGCCUGAAGUGUAAAUCAGAGGUCAACAAUUAGAUUGCAAAUCAUGAAAAGCAUGACUUUUCUAAUUGUUUAGUCUUUUUAGGGAAACAAGCCCAGAAAAAAAUUAAGAUUCUCAUUCAUUGGAGGUAAGAUUUCUAUUAAAGAUACUUUAGAAGAGUUAGAUAGCAAGUAGGUAAAAUGUCUUUUAAAGGUAUCUGACAUCUUUAAAGCUCUGUGAUUUUUAAAUUCUUAAUUUUGUUACAGUUAAUUUUUUAAAAAUUAAUUGCUGAGUCAUGGUCAAGUAUUUCCGAUGACUUACAUGCUGUCUUUGAUAUAUUUUAAGUUUCUAAACCAAAACUACUAUUUAAUUCUAUUACCCUGUUUUAGAAAAACAUUCGAGUUAUACAACUUACUAAAAGAUAUUUUAGCGAUGAUGUUUUGGAGCACUAGUAAUAUAGUGUUUAACUUAUUUUCUAUUUUUUUAUCCCUCUAUAUUAGUGAAAUUCUAUUUGAAGUUUUCCCCCAGUGAUUAAAAAAAAGACUGAGCACUAUCUGUAAAAAUUUUUAAGGUGGUGUCCACUAGGUGGAGAUAUUGUGCUACAUUUCCAAGUGUUGUAAUUAAACUUUUAUUAGUGUGAAUUAAACUCUUUUAUAGUGUUUUAUUGUUUUUAACCACAAAGAUUUAUAAUCAUUUAUAUCUAUUUAUCAUAAUGUUAUUAAAAUGUUUCCUGAGUUGUAUGAAGCUAAGAUACAUGUAAAAACAAAACAAAACAAAAACCUCUCUUUUGUGUUUUGUAAUCAUAUAUUAGAUGAUUUAACCUAAUAUAUCUUCCCAUAUGAUAUAUCUUUUCAUAUGGCAUACUUCAUUCAUAUGACAUAGUUAGAAUCUUUUCCCACAAACAAUGAGUGAUGAUAUCUCAUUUGAAAACUCGUGUAACGUAUCAGCCACUCUUUUAAAGUGAUUUACCCAUGUUAGUCUCAUAAUAACUCUAUGAGAUCAGUACUGUACACGUGGGGAAACUUAGUCUAGAGAAGUGAAGUGUUUUUUCCAAGAUUACAAAAUAACUGUCUGAGCUGGGAUUAUAACCAGGCAGCCUGACUCCAAAAUCAAUAUUCUUAACUCUGUUGAUAUGAUGGAGAAAGGCGUGAAGUCUACCUUCAAAUUCAUGGCAUUUUAGAAGGAAAAAUUGUCACAAAUAAUGUGAUUAUACUUCCUAGUUUUAUAGGUCAGACAAACGAAGUCCACACUAAUUUUGCCUCUUCCACAGGGAGAUAGAUUCUCAUCUACCGUUGUGUCUUUUGUUUCUGUUUUUGUCAUCAUACCUCAAAUUGAUAUAUGUUGUAAAUAUGAAUUUAAGGAAGUAAAAUACAAAAUAACGCCGGGCUGGAGCCUUCAGCCAUAUUAAUAUACAUUGACAUAAAGACCUUUGUUUUAAUAUGAAUGAUUCCAGUUAUCAAAUGGAGGAAUAGUUGUUUGAAAAUUAAUAUUUAGCUUCUCAAAAGAGACUCCUAUUUGGAAGCAAAUUGUUGGUUAAACAGAACAUACUUUAGAUUUUUGAAAAAUUCUCUGUGGAAUAACAAUCUCUAAUUUUUAAGAAUGUAUGAAUAUGUGUUCUAUGUGCUUUUAAGUUAUGUAUUACAUACUAUUCUCUAAAAUGGAAAUGUUUAUUUGGCUUCUAAAAGUCAUUUGUGAGUUCAUGUUAUUUAAAACUGCUUUUCAGUCGACUUAUUCUUUAUAAAAAAUUUUAUUCAAAUAGCAUGUUUUUAUUUUGUUUUUAAAUAAAUUCAUGUUUGAUAAUAUUUUAUAAUGUAUUAUGUCUAACACAUUUUCUUAUCCUAAGCCAAGUAUUAGAAGCUUUGUAUUUCCCUCACACUGUCCGGUUAGCUAUUUUCCCCUGUCUACCACCUACCUAAUCCUAAGCUUUAUUAGUCAUUUUAAAAUAGAACCACAUCUUUUUAAAUACCUGUGAUGUGUGCUUAUAACUAGCCUGGGUGUCUGUAUAAUCUUCCUUUUAUUCUCAUAAUAAUAGAAAGCAGUCAAAUUACUGGCUGAUCACCUGAACUUGUGGCGGCUCGGGUUUCUUUUUUUAGGCUAGGUCUGUAGGAAGCUCAGAGUAUUUACCAAACACAUCUAACUUGGCGGGGUUCAAGCCCAGUCUUUAGGUCUUGUGGUGAAAAAAAGAAAGUGGUCCCUACUCUGUGUCUGCAGACAUCCAGCUCUUACUUUCCCAUUGGGUGUCUUCGAGUUUCUCCCAUCAUAUGCAGCUCAGAGGUCAGCCCAAGACUUAUACACAGAUUUGGGGAUUCCCUUCUUCUGUGACUCCCUCUUUUCUGAGAUUUCUCCUAAUUUACAGCCACUCUAGCAGUCCUGAAUUCUGUCCUUUCACAGCUCAAACCAAUCAUAUUGCACCUUUCUAACUAGAGUGUGCCCUCUGAGGGAAAAGUCAUAUAAACAUGGAUCUCACCCAGUGAGAUCUUUCAACUGAGUCCAUCCAGUUCCUGCCUUCUUUUGUUUACUCUUCAGUGUUUCCAGAAAGAUUUUUUUUCCCUUUUUAAAUGAGUCAAUCUACUGGAAAGCUAAUAUAAUAAAAGCUCCUCUGCCAUGA